GAUUCUGUUAUAAAAAACUAAUUACAAGUGAAGUCAACAAUGAAGCGUUGGUCAGGUCGUGUUGCCGUGGUAACAGGAGCCAGUGCUGGGAUAGGAGCAGCCAUCGCUGAAGAACUUGUGAAGAAAGGACUCAAAGUGGUGGGACUGGCACGCAGAGUGGAGAGGGUUGAGGAAAACGCAAAGUUGCUCCGAUCUGAACCAGGGAAGCUGCAUCCACUCAGAUGUGACGUCAGCAAAGAAUCAAAUGUUAAGGAGGCCUUCAAAUGGGUCAAGUCAAACCUGGGUGUAGUGGACAUCCUCGUCAAUAACGCCGGGGUAUGCGACUUCAACAAUCUUACAGACGGGCCACCGGAGAAGUGGAGGAACAUCAUAGACAUUAAUGUUCUGGGCCUCAGUAUGUGCACAAGAGAAGCCAUUCAGAGCAUGCGGGAGAAGGCGGUGGAUGACGGUCACAUUAUUAACAUUAACAGGUACAGCAUUAGUCCAGGAGCGGUUAAGACGGAAAUAGCUGAAGCAUCAGGCGUUCCGAAGGAGAUUCUGGAACAGUAUAAGGAUAACCCGAUCAUGGAAGCUAAGGACAUCGCCGAUUCGGUGAUGUAUGUUCUCGGAACUCCACCACAUGUACAGAUGUCACUAGGUCUGUCUCAUGUUAGAAAGUAUGACGACGACGGAGAUUUCAAGAAACUAUAA